CGGACACAUUGUUUUACGUGUAAUGAAAAAAAAAAAACUCGGAUGAACAAACAAAAGCAUGGAGGGAUUGAGCGGGAGCUGUCCUGCCUCUCACUGCAGUGAUUUUAUCCCGCACCCUGCACUGGGACGCCUCUCUGGGAACCACCGGACAGUGUACUCGGAUAUCCCUGCGCCACAGACCUCAUCGGGCUCAUCCCUGAGCUAUGGAUACCCAUUCGGAAGUCCAUAUUAUGGAUGUCGACUCCCAUACUCUCACAACGUAAACCUGCAACAGAACCCAUGUUCCUUCCACCCUGGAGAAAAAUACGUGGAACCAAGCGGUGGGAAACCAUCUGAAGAGCUUACCAAUAGAUCCAAAGAAUACGCUGUUUACCCAAGCUUUGCCAGCUCUUAUAAGUCUGUACCCGGGUAUUUGGACGUCCCGGUGAUCCCAGGAAUCAGCGCGUGCCCAGAGUCCCGGCAUGAAACUUUAUUCCCGGACAGUUAUCAGCACUGGGCACUGUCGAACGGCUGGGAUGAGCAACUAUAUUGUUCUAAGGAACAAACACAUUUUAACUACCUAUGGAAUUCCCAGUUUUCUGAUGUUCUGCCGCACCAGACCGAGAUGAACGGGUAUCGUCGCGGCCGUAAGAAGAGGGUUCCGUACACUAAGAUCCAGUUAAAGGAGCUGGAGAAAGAGUAUGAAGCCAGCAAGUUUAUCACUAAAGACAAGAGAAGGAGGAUCUGCGCCACUACCGAUCUAUCUGAACGCCAGGUGACCAUCUGGUUCCAGAACCGCCGGGUUAAGGAGAAGAAGUUCGUGUGUAAACCAACGCCAAGCAAAGUCAUCCAUGCUAUGUGAUUAUCGUCGAGUUGUUUGCGCCAAAAAAAAUUCUUCAUUCAAGUAGAAGAAAAACUUACGGAUCAGCCAUAUGAACACUUCUCUAAUGAAACAUGGCCUACUUUACAGUUUCAGUAGCCUUACAAUGCAGUAAUAGAUAUAUUUCCAUAGAGGAGUUACAACAUUCACAUUUUAAAGAAUGAGUUACGUUUACGUAUUCUGGAAUGCUUAAGGUCUGAUGAUUGUUCAUUUUUACUGAAGAAUUACCCCAAAAUACAGAUGUCAAUCAGCCCA